UCAGAGAUGGCGGGCGCCUCCGACCCCCUGGAAGAUAUGCUCUUUUCAGAGGUGGAUGAAAAAGCUGUCAGCGACCUCGUAGGCUCAUUGGAGUCUCAGCUUACUGGACAAAGCAGCUCUGCGGUUAAAACGGACGAAAACGGAGGCGCUGGCUCUGUGGCCCCUGCUAACCAUCACUUAGGAAAACCGCUACCAGCUCCAGUGAGCACCACAACACUAGAACAACAACAACAAGGACGGCGUAAUAAACCCGAAACGCUCCAAGAAAUAAACUCUAAAGACGCUAGCACGGAUAAAACUGUCACCUCUCCCUCACUACUGGGCUCCACUGCUGCUUUUGGCGAGCCUCCCACCACUUCGGCUGCCUGCGUGAACGCCACUAGCAGCGGUCCUCGAUCACAUGGAGCAUCCAUCACAACACUGGCUGCAUCUGGCGGGUCAACUUCGGCAUCCCCGCAGGACAGCAUCAGCACCGCGGCAAGCCGGAGCUCCACGGCUAGUCCGACCACGGGGGAGACGUCAGCCGAGGCGAGCACGCCGAGAAAACGCAUCGCGACGCCGAGGAGGAGCGCUUCCGCUCGGAUCAAGAGUUUGAACGGCGCAGCUGUGACGACGAGGAGGAACAGCAGUGCAGCGGUGGCAGAAAACGUCAGCUCCCCCGUGGGUUCAACUCCACCAAACUCCACCCGACUGCUCGCGUCCUCCAUCAACACCUCCACUUUCACCCUGUCCAACGCAAGCCUGCCUGUAGGUCAGUCAGCCAUUGCUCUCGACAGGGGGACUCCCACCAUUGCUUUGCGGAGGCUCCCGAGUCAUAUUGUAGCCAGUAUAGCCCAGAAUGGCAACGGGACCAGUGUUUCGGCCCUGGUGGUCCAACAGGGCGCACGUCUGGGACCUGUCACCUCAUCAGCUUCCCCGGAGGGGCACAGCAAACCAGCCACGGAUACUGGGUCUUCCACUGUAGAUGACUGUCAGUCCAAAAUUGUAAUGCCAAGCCAGUCUAGUAGUGUUAGCUCAGUGAUAAACACUGUAUCCUCGACUUCCUCUGCUGCCACACCAGCUCCAACCACUACAGCAUCUCCAAGCACCACCACAGUGAGCCAGCCUCUGAGCUCUGCACCUACCACAGCUGUGUGCGGGACAGGGGUGGCAACUUCUGCUGCAUGUGUGACUGUUCAAACUGCACCUGUCAUCACUACUACUACUACUACUACCAUCAGUAUGAUCAGGCCCGCAGCUCCCUCUCCAACACCCGCUGUGGCCACAUCUGUACAGUCUCAACCCCGUCCUGGACUUGCAACUCCUCAAAGGAUUGUAGCCCCCCAGCUGAUUGUCAGACCUUCCCAACAGCAGACGACCAUUCAGCUGCCCCCUGGCUUUACCAUCCCACCGGGGAUGGUGCUGGUACGUACCGAGUUGGGCCAGUUUGUCUUGGUUCCUCAGCAGGCUUUGGCUCAAGUUCAAGCUCAAGCUCAGGCCCAGAACAACAUGAGUCCGCGACCUAUGACCCCGGCCACCGGGACAUCCUUUAAUGUAACAACUCCACAGCAGUGUCCUGUGACCUCUCACACCACCAGGCAGUGUUCUUUGACCCCGGCCAAGAUGGCACCGUCUCCCUCUCCCACUCCUUCCAGCCCUGCCCUCCAGACCUCUUCCUCUUCUUCCUCCUCCUCCUCCUGUCCUGCACUUCGCCCUAAGGGCCCCAUGGCACCGACUGUGGCAGUGACGGCUCCACAGCAGACCCCAGUGGUUAUGGCUCCCCAGGGCCCUGCCCAGUCUACCUCUCAGCCAGUGCAGCCGGCACCGACGAGCGUCACAGCGGCCCCUGGAGCUUCAGUCGUGUCCCAGGAAAUGCAAGAGAAUGUGAAGAAGUGUAAGAAUUUCCUCGCCACACUUAUCAAACUGGCAUCUCACAACUCUCCCUCCCCCGAGACGUCCAAGAACGUUAAGGCUCUGGUUCAAGACCUGCUGGAUGCCAAGAUUGAACCGGAGGAGUUCACCAGUCGCCUGCAAACUGAGCUCAAAUCGUCUCCGCAACCAUACCUGGUCCCAUUUCUCAAGAAAAGUCUCCCGGCUCUCAGGCUGUCUUUGUUGAACAGUCAGCAUUCCCUGACCCAGCCCCUGCAGCAGGGAGUCAAACCAGCAGCCUGCGGCACUCCUCCUGCCAUCGUGACCGGGCCAGCUGUCCGCAUACGGCACCCUAACAGUAUCAGCACCACUGUGAGUGCCACAGCACUGCCUGCUGGGACGCUUGGACAUACAGCUGCCAUGGGUGUCAAGGCAGGAGGGGUCGUCGGUGGUCAAAUUCGUAUGCCCAUGGUCAUCACGCAGUCAAUCAGACCUCAAGGCACAAUGGGAAAGGGAGCCUUCAUACAAACAGGCAAAAGUCCAAUGGGUCUGCCUGUUCAGAUAUCUGGAAAUCAGAAAAACAAGCUCAACGACCCGGGAGGAGGCUCUUUCAGAGAUGAUGACGACAUCAAUGAUGUGGCCUCCAUGGCAGGGGUAAAUCUGAACGAGGAGAGCGCAAGAAUACUCGCAACCAACUCGGAGCUAGUGGGAACACAGAUCCGCUCGUGUAAAGACGAGGCCUUUCUCCAUCCAGGGCUGCUACACAGACGAAUUCUGGAAACUGCUAAGAAGUUUGGAGUGACAGAAGUGUCCAUGGAAGCUGUGACAUUCCUCUCACAUGCAACACAGUCACGACUUCGGACUGUUGUAGAAAAAGUUUCUAUUAUUGCACAGCAACGACUCGACUCCUGUAAGGACGACGAGUAUUACGAGCAGACUGCAGACGUUCGUUCGCAGCUUCGCUUCUUCGAGCAGCUGGAGAGAAUUGAGAAGCAGAGGAAGGACGAGCAGGAGAGGGAGAUCCUUCUGAGAGCAGCUAAAAGUCGCUCAAGGCAAGAGGACCCAGAGCAAGCUCGGCUGAAACAGAAAGCUAAGGAGAUGCAACAGCAAGAAGAGGCACAGAUGAGACAACGAGAUGCCAAUCUCACAGCACUAGCCUUCAUUGGACCCAGAAAAAAACGUAAAUUGGACUCACCGGGGUCUACGCCAUCAGGAACUGAGUCCGAAGCAGGCAGCCUGAUUUGGGGUAGCCACACUCAGUCUGUCCCUCCUCGGAGGAGGGCAGAUUGA